ACGCCUACGUCGGGUGUAGAGUUGUUUUGGUUUGUGCGGGUGAAACAUCCUUCGUGUUGAAUCGCUGCUAUAAUUUGCACCCCGGACAUUUUCCGGAGCCACCAUGGCGUACUGGUUCAUCGAAACCCUCUAAAGGCCACAGGCGUCGUCAACUUCGAUCUCAAGAUGCUUGCCAUGGACAGCCAAGCUCUGAAGCUCUGCAGUGACCUUCGUUUGGCGAGGAACCACCUCCUCGACUUGCUGACAGACCCUCUGAAUGACAUCGGCACAAUCGAAACGGCCCUGAACACUUACCUGGCGCUCUUUGCUGGCAUGAUCUUGGCCCCUGAUGAGAAGGGGGGUGAGAGCAAGCUGAGAUACACCACAAGGUUUCGCUGGACUCAGACCAUGCUGGGACAGACACCUCUUGUGCAGUCAGACACAGUCUUUGAGCUGGUCUCGAUCUGCCAGAAUGUGGGGAUCUGGCACAUGAAGCAUGCGUCGGCCAUUGCCGCCAAGGAGGACAUCAGCAUGGAUGAAGCAAAGGACGUCCACACGUGUCUCAGGAAAGCUGCUGGCUACUUCUGCGCGAUGAAGAACAAGUACGUCGGACAGUUGAGGGAGCAACCGGUACCGGGAUCCGACAUGGACUCGCGAGUGGCAUCCGCCUACAUCAACCAGUGCACUGCAGAAGCACAGGAAGUGACGAUUGGCCGAGCCAUUGAGAUGAAGCACGCCCCUGGCCUCAUUUCUGCUCUGGCCCAUGAGACGUCGAAGAUGUACACGUCUGCGGCGGACUCUCUCGCGAGCCUCGAAGCAUCCAAGUUUGGACGUUGGAGGAAGUUUCUUAUUCUCAAGGCUGUUUUUUAUCUCUCCUAUGCCUACUGCUACGCGGGAGAAAACCUGUUGGCGCAGGAGAAGUGUGGAGAUGCGAUCAGAGCCCUGCAGGAAAGCCACAAGUGCUACCAAGACGCCGUGCAGAUCUGCAGGCAGUACAGCACCAUGAAGGGGCCCGGCUCUGCAGCUAAGAUCGACCAGCACCUCUUCUUCCGCAAGCUUGCGCCUCUGGUCAAGCGGACCCUCGACAAGUGCGAGCGGGAGAACGGUUUCAUAUUCCACCAAAAGGUGCCCAAGGACGCACCUGAACUGGAGCUGCGAGCUACGUAUGGCCUGGUGAGUCCCGAGGAAUUUCAGAUGCCUGCUCACGACAAGGCCUGGACGCCGAUUGUCUACGCGGCUUUUUACGUACAGACCACUGGCACUCCCGACCCUGCAAACUCGAAGGCAGCCGUCAAGGCCGAAGGUGAUCUCCCGGCAGUGCAGGAGAAGACCUCUUCCCAUUCCACUGUCCGACCCGAAGACGGAAAGCGGAUGCGUCUUGCAGUGAAGCAAGUCGUCUUUGCUACGUCCUGAAGAUUCUUGGCCGCCCGGCAGUGCAAUUGCUUGGCUUUUGUAAAAUAGAGAUCUUUAAUAUAUACAUGCACAUCUCUGUAAAUGAGUACCUUGAAGCAGAGGUGCUACUACUUUACGCAAGCAUAUGCACUACCCCCAUUAGACAGCUCAAUCGGUGCAAUUCGUUGGUGUCAUGCAUCUAGAGCUCUUUGUCACUUUUUUUUUCGCUUUUUUCCUACUUCUCACAAAAAUCUUGUUCCUUAAUUAAGAGUUACUGAUUGUAAAAAGUAAUACAAGGUGUAGAAGAAACAUAUCAAGACUUUGACCUAAUUAGUCUUAAAGGGGCUAUGACACAGAAACUGCUGAAAUAAGCAAAAUAUUGCACGUGCAAAUUUUUAUAUCGCAUUUGCACCGCUCAGCUUUCCAGCAACGCUGACGCGUCAGAAAAUGUGGCACUCUUUGCGUUCCCAAUGUCCGCGCAUAUUCGCGCUUCCAUACACAUCUCUUGGUAGUCACUCCGAGAUUGCUUUCCGUAGGCAUUUGCUGGUCGGUGCUGUAUUUUGUGCUACAGAAAUGUCUGUAGCCCCAACGUAAUCGCACCGCUGGAUGCAAAAGAGGUGCGCAACAAAAACACUUUAACACCUGGCGUUCGUACAAAUUCUGAACGUUUCAAAGCAAGCCACCCAGCUUUGCAUUUAUCAAAACUGCACAAGCCAUUAAGGGCUCGAGUGCGCCAUAUAAAUUUUUAGGGAUUUCAAGUGUAGAAUGCGUACUACAUGGCUGGGUACUGGUGUAAGAACAAUGGUUCCUCAGCUCUCGAUUACGAUGAUCAGCAAUAGCGUCAUGGCCCUUUUAAGGAACAUAAAUUUCUUUACGGAGGACGCAUUUUUGUUGUAUGUGCAAGUUUGCACGACGAAAGAGCACAAUUUAGCAUUUUUAGAUCACACAGACGUAUUAACUGUCGAUGCAGGUUGUAGGCAAGGCCAACUAAUUCACAAUUCAGCUUAGUAAUAGUUUUAAUUACUAGGAGCACGCAAAGAGCCCAGCGCGUAACCAGGAGGGAACAUGGUCAUUUUCGCAAGCUUCUAUGCAGCUGCGAGUUUACUUAUAUGUUGUUUUUCUUUUACACUUUUAUUCUUACUGCUUAGGCUGUGAUAAAAUAUGAUCGUUCAGAAUCUUCAUGCUGUAUCUACAAGAUUUAUACAAUCGCUUUUUUUUUUACAUCUAAUGGAAUCUUGUUCAACGUCCCGGUGUCUGCAUUAUAUGAUAAGAGCCCAACCAAUGUGUGUGUAUGUGUGUUCAGAUGGGCAUAAUAUUUACAGUUUGGCAAUUUAAUUGACAUGCACUAUGAGGUAUUACACUUAACAGUUUGUUGAAAUAUGUUCAGCCAAAAUGCGGAUAAGGUUGCCAGAUGGAAUCUAGCUUGUGCAUUCAUCUCAAACGACAAAAGCGUGGUUUCCUUUUAACAAUUGUGUCACAGAAGGUAGGAGCUGUGCUGUAACUAUUAUGUCCUGCCACUCUUGACUGUACUGUACUCCAUAUUUCAUGCACUAACUUUCCUGCACGACUUGCAUUUCGGUGUUGUGAAAAAAAAAAAAAGCAAGUCUCAGCUUUCAGCACUUACAACCUUACUGUCCGCGUGUGCUGUUAGGCUGUACCAUACAAAUACGGCUUUUGGCUUUUUCGAACUGUCGCACCUUCGUUUAGUGGAGCGCACUCUGCUUCGCUUUAAGUCGGCUUAGCUUAGCUCUAAAAGAUGUCGAGCCUUCAUUGUACGAGCAGGGUUUUCUCCGCGUCUGAAUCGAGAAAUUAUUUUUCGGGCACCUCUCAGGCAGCUAUCACUGUAAUAGUUGGCUUGACAGCCAUUUGCAGCAUGUGUUUAUAGCGUAGACGCCCAUCCCGUCCCAGCAUGCAAUGCAGACGCUAUUUUUGUACGUUGUGGCAAGCAAUAAAAGGUGCUUUACCGCUUGUAUCGUA